GACAUCUGCUGGCCAUUUUUUUUUUUUUUUUUUUUUUUUACAAACUCUGAGCAUGGAUGUCCUCCUAUUGUUUUAGGAAUAAUCUAUCCUUCACUCAAAAAUUUUGCACGACUCAUCACACCAGAAGUUUUAAUUGAAUGGGAAUUUUGUUGCAUUUUGACAAUGCAUAUCAUCUCCAAGUUUCUUCUGAGAAUGCAUGCAUUUUUAGGCAAUUUCAGUUAUAGUACUUAGUGGGUAUUUGUAAGAAUAAUUUUAAUAAUUGGUUCUCUGUUCAUGAAACAUAUACAGUGAUAUGCCAGAAGGUACAGACACUAGGGCAGUAAGGAAAUCCCCUGUGACAGCUGAGAACUUAUCACCUGGGGGGCGUUUUCAUGUUCUUUUGGGAACGGUGUCAAAUAAAAAGCUUGAGAAAUCUAUUGUUCGUUUUUUUCUGACAAAAGUAUUUGUUUAUUUUUCACUCAAUCUCAAAACAAAUCUACAGCAAAAGAAGAAAAUUCAAGUGCUGAAAGGUGUAAGUUGGUCUAUUAUAAUAUAAUGGGGUGAAGAAGCCAUUGUAUUGUAUCCACUGAAAAGAAGGAAAUGAUGCAAGAGGAAACAGCCCUGUUCCUCUGGAUCUCUGUCCUGAACAGAUAAGCCUAGCACUUGCUAAUUAUACGAGUAAAGAGGCAGGAAGAAUGACGACAAAGUUUCCCUUCAUGCAAACAAAAAAAGUGCCAUAAUCCCUGAGAAAUACAGUGAACGGUUCCUGUGGGCUCGGAGUGAGAGUUUGGCUGUAUGUUGACAUACUUCUGCUAACUAUAAUGGCUUCAAAUGAAACAAAUGUGAUUUGGGAAAUGCUUAAACCUAUUGAUUUUGAGGAGCUCAUCCUGGCGUUCUGCUUGUCGAUAUUAAUUGGUCUACUCAUCGGGAUCUUGAUUUUCCUCCUCCUUACAUGGAUGUCAAGACGGAGAGCUUCAGUCAGGAUCACCAGACGUCAAACCCAGUCGUCAGAAUCUAAAGGCACACGUAAUCAGCACUGCCACCUCAGACAUUACAAGAGUCACGGCUUCGACAAGAACAGUGAAUCUGCAGGAAGAGUGGUUCUGCCCCUCCACAGACAGACCUCUGUGGACCCCAAUGAGCUGCUGGGUAGAAGCCCUAGCUUUCAGAACUCCACUUUUCGGCCGCCACCAAAAAAGACCAAGAAGACCGGCAAUGAAACAGAGGAUGAUAACCAAGCUGCAUUACUUCCUAACAUCACAGAUCCAUUUAGUGCAGAACCAGCGGAGUCCUUCUGGCUGGGGAAGGGCAGUCUAAGGGGUUUCCUACCCAGACAGACUCCACCACCUGCUUAUGACAGUGUCAUUCACAUCUUUCAAGAGUCCUGUACCUGACUGCACUGUGAUAAGAGACAAAGGAUUGCACAUAAAUCCCAAAACACGGAUAAAACGUGACUAAAGAGGGAAAAAAAUAAAAGAAAGUCUGGUUCUAAUUUGAAAGUAACCCUGAUUUUACACACAUUUGCAUUACUUUCAUGGGUAACACUUAACAAUAAGAUGCCAUUAAUUAGUGUUCAUGCAUUAAAUAACAAUGAGCAAUAGAUUUAUUAAUAUUCUUUAAUCUUUGUUAAUGUUAGGUAAUUAAAAUACCACUGUUCAUUUCUAGCUCAAGUCAGCUCAGGUUCAUUAAAAAAUAAUAAUAAAUACAAGAGAUAUUUUUGAUUUUAAUAAUUUACAGACGCUUUUCUCCAAAGAUGGGAGCUGUUCAUCAAAGAGUCACCAAUAGUCAUGAUGCACAAUGCCAAGUUGUUUAGACAAAUAUGUUGAAAUUAACAUUCACUAUAAGAUUAAUAAUUGCUCUAAAAAUAUUUUUAUUAUUAGGUUAUGUUAUCUAAUUAAUGUUAUCAAAUUUAACCUUAUUGUAAAGUGUAACCCAUGGUGUAAAAAUGUGGAAUGGAAUUAUUUUGUGUUUCUUAGGAUAAACCUGGUCAUUAAUAAAAAUAACAGAUGCUUUAUUGCAUCUAAAUCUUUACGUUCUUUAGUCACUGUUAGUUUUGGUUGUUUGCUUAUUGAAUUGAAGCAGUGAAGUAAAGCAAAGCACAAAUAAAAGAAUACUAACU